AUGCUCUUGAUGCCUCAUCAAGAAGCGAACCCGCAGACUCUCGAGACCAGCGACGGCCAGAAUGAAGGUCAGAACCAAGUCCCUACGCUCAGCGUGGACGUUGAACUCAAUGAUAGAGAAGGCCUCGCACCACCUGAGGAGCUGGGCGAUGAAGACUCGGUCUCGCUCAUUGAAACCAACAUCCAAGCACCCAUGUCAUCACCAAAGGCUCCAGGCAAGCAACCCAGGACAAAAGGCACUAGUACGCCAGGCCCUCAAGGUCCCAGUUCCAGCGCGGAUGAGCGAACCGCAACAAAGAGUCGAACCACGAUCACCUUCUAUGAGGUAUAUAAUGAUACAUGCUGCAACAACGUCAAGCAGAAGCAGAAGCUGAUUGAAUGGCCUGACGGUUCGGGAGCGUGGUACAUCUUCUCCUGUGACCCGUGCCAUCUACGCUGGCUGGAUGACCCUCUCCUCGAGGCGAGGCAGCAUCUAUCGGCACCUCAGCACAAGGGUGCCGGAUCUGACUAUGAUGAUGCGAUCAGGGAGUUUGGAUGUCUCGUCUCUGACUGCACUCAUGAGGACGCCGUCAAGAACAAUAACCAGAUCGACGCAUACAUCAACGACGGUCUGCACAGUGCUCCCAGCUCUCCACAGAGCUUUGCCCCUCAGGGAAGCGAAUCUACCAUUGUGGUUAUCACGAACCAAAUGUUACAAUCCGGCAACGGCACUGCUAAAGAUGCUUCUGGGGCUACUCCAGAGAGCCCCCAGGCCAAUGGUGCGGAUGCUGAAGGCAAUGAGGCCACAAGGAAUUCCGAGGACGAGAACUCAUAUGGAGGGAACUCCAAGGAUAAAUCGAACGUGUCUAAGUCCAUUACCAGAAGAGAAAUCCGAAAACGAAGAGCAAAGAAGUAG